AUGCCUUCUACCACUCCCCAAGCCGGUGCCCAGCGCCCCCGUCCCCGCCCCGCCACUACCAGGUGCCAAUGGAUUGCCAUCACCAUGAUCAUUUUUAUAGUCACGUGGGGAGGCGUUGCAUUCCUUAAUUUCGUUCUCUUGGCCUUUGAGGCCUAUUUAGAUUAUCGUGUCAAGAUGGUGGCAAUCGCCGCAACUACCACCACCACCAUCACCACCACCGCCACCAUCACCACCAUCACCGCCACCACCACCGCCACCAAUUUUGCUUCUGGGGAGAUCUAUGGCCCGGAGGACGGAAACCAAUACCUCAAAACUCCCGACCCCGAGUCUGACGAGGAAAACGAGAGUUGGGCAGAGUGUUCUUCGACUCUACCUCUUGAAAUUCCCAACUCCGACUCGGAUCCCGACUCCCAAUUGUAG